AUGAGGCCUGGCCACUCUCUCCUAAAGGGCAGGAAUGGGCAUCACCCCAGGUUCCAGUCUUCUCCUUCGACCACUGCCCUCACCUCCGGAGGUGGCUACUCCCCCAAGAAGCCCGGGAACACAGGUGGUACGCUGUGCCCAUCAGCAGCCUGGCAGGCCAAGCCCCAGCCCAGCCUGGCGUUGUACUUGGAAGGUGAAGUUGAGACCAUGGUGCUUCCCAGGCCCCUGGAGAACCCUGUGCAGAAAGCGGGCGGUGCAGCUGCCGCCUGCCACGUGGAGCACUGCCCUCGCUCUCCCCGCCAGCCAGGGACAGGGCACCGCUUCUGGUUCUGUGUGCCCCCAACCAGCUUCCAAAACAGGUUUUUUAUUACUUUCCACGGCGGGCUGUACAUCUCCGACGUGCAGAAGGAGGACGCCCUCUCCACCUACCGCUGCAUCACCAAGCACAAGUACAGCGGGGAGACCCGGCAGAGCAACGGGGCCCGCCUCUCUGUGACAGACCCUGCCGAGUCCGUCCCCGCCAUCCUGGACAGCUUCCACUCCCAGGAGGUGUGGGCCGGCCACACCGUGGAGCUGCCCUGCACCGCCUCCGGCUACCCCACCCCCGCCGUCCGCUGGCUCAAGGAUGGCAGGCCCCUCCCGGCCGACACCCGCUGGACCAACCACGUCACAGGGCUGACCAUCAGCGACCUGCGGACCGAGGACAGCGGCACCUACAUCUGUGAGGUCACCAACACCUUCGGCUCAGCGGAGGCCACAGGCACCCUCACGGUCAUAGACCCCCUCCAUGUGACCCUGACACCAAAGAAAGCUAAGACCGGCAUUGGCAGCACCGUCAUCCUCUCCUGCGCGCCGAUGAGCUCCCCCGAGUACACCAUCCGCUGGUACCGCAACACCGAGCCGGUGCUGCCCGACGAGGCCAUCUCCAUCCGCGGGCUCAGCAACGAGACGCUGCUCAUCGCCUCGGCCCAGAAGAGCCACUCGGGGGCCUACCAGUGCUUCGCCACCCGCAAGGCCCAGACCGCCCAGGACUUCGCCGUCGUGGUGCUGGAGGACGGCACGCCCCGCAUCGUCUCCUCCUUCAGCGAGAAGGUGGUCAACCCCGGGGAGCAGUUCUCGCUGAUGUGCGCAGCCAAGGGGGCCCCGCCCCCCACAGUCACCUGGGCCCUGGACGAGGAGCCCAUCGUGCGGGACGGCAGCCACCGCACCAACCAGUACACCAUGUCCGACGGCACCACCAUCAGCCACAUGAACGUCACGGGCCCCCAGAUCCGGGACGGGGGCGUGUACCGGUGCACCGCGAGGAACUCGGUGGGCAGUGCCGAAUACCAGGCUCGAAUAAACGUAAGAGGGCCCCCCAGCAUCCGGGCGAUGAGGAACAUCACGGCCGUCGCCGGGCGGGACACCCUCAUCAACUGCAGGGUCAUCGGCUACCCCUACUACUCUAUCAAGUGGUACAAGGACGCGCUGCUGCUGCCGGACAACCACCGCCAGGUGGUGUUCGAGAACGGCACGCUCAAGCUGACGGACGUGCAGAAGGGCAUGGACGAGGGCGAGUACCUGUGCAGCGUCCUCAUCCAGCCGCAGCUCUCCAUCAGCCAGAGCGUCCACGUGGCCGUCAAAGUGCCCCCUCUGAUCCAGCCCUUCGAGUUCCCACCUGCCUCCAUCGGCCAGCUGCUCUACAUCCCCUGUGUGGUGUCCUCGGGGGACAUGCCCAUCCGCAUCACCUGGAGGAAGGACGGGCAGGUGAUCAUCUCGGGCUCCGGCGUGACCAUCGAGAGCAAGGAGUUCAUGAGCUCCCUGCAGAUCUCCAGCGUCUCCCUGAAGCACAACGGCAACUACACAUGCAUCGCCAGCAACGCGGCAGCCACCGUGAGCCGGGAGCGCCAGCUCGUCGUGCGCGUGCCCCCUCGGUUCGUGGUGCAGCCCAACAACCAGGACGGCAUCUAUGGCAAAGCUGGUGUGCUCAACUGCUCGGUGGAUGGCUACCCCCCACCCAAGGUCAUGUGGAAGCACGCCAAGGGGAGCGGGAGCCCCCAGCAGUACCACCCGGUGCCCCUCACCGGCCGCAUCCAGGUCCUGGCCAACAGCUCGCUGCUGAUCCGCCACGUCCUGGAGGAGGACAUGGGCUACUACCUCUGCCAGGCCAGCAACGGCGUGGGCACCGACAUCAGCAAGUCCAUGUUCCUCACCGUCAAGAGCCCGGCCAUGAUCACCUCCCACCCCAACACCACCAUCGCCAUCAAGGGCCACGCCAAGGAGCUGAACUGCACGGGGCGGGGGGAGCGGCCCAUCAUCAUCCGCUGGGAGAAGGGGGACACGGUCAUCGACCCCGACAGGGGGAUGCGCUACGCCAUCACCACCAAGGACAGCGGUGACGAGGUCGUCUCCACGCUGAAGCUCAAGCCCGCGGACCGUGGGGACUCGGUGUUCUUCAGCUGCCACGCCAUCAACUCCUACGGGGAGGACCGGGGCCUGAUCCAGCUCACGGUGCAAGAGCCCCCCGACCCCCCAGAGCUGGAGAUCCGGGAGGUGAAGGCCCGGAGCAUGAACCUGCGCUGGACCCAGCGGUUCGAUGGAAACAGCAUCAUCACGGGCUUCGACAUCGAGUACAAGAACAAGUCAGGCAGCCUCGUGGCACCGGCCAUCGGCCACCACAGCGUGAGCCGCCUGUGUGACGUGUCAUCCGUCAAAGGGCUCACCGUCAGCACCGAGGAGGCCGCCCCUGAUGGACCCCCCGUGGACGUCACCUUGCAGCCAGUGACCUCACAGAGCAUCCAAGUGACCUGGAAGGCGCCCAAGAAGGAGCUACAGAAUGGCGUGAUCCGGGGCUACCAGAUCGGCUACAGGGAGAACAGCCCUGGCAGCAACGGGCAGUACAGCAUCGUGGAGAUGAAGGCCACCGGGGACAGCGAGGUCUACACCCUGGACAACCUCAAGAAGUUCGCGCAGUACGGGGUGGUGGUCCAGGCCUUCAACAGGGCCGGCACGGGGCCCUCGUCCAGCGAGAUCAACGCCACCACCCUGGAGGACGUGCCCAGCCAGCCCCCCGAGAAUGUCCGGGCCUUGUCCAUCACUUCUGACGUGGCCGUCAUCUCCUGGUCGGAGCCCCCACGAAGCACUCUCAAUGGCGUCCUCAAAGGCUAUCGGGUCAUCUUCUGGUCACUGUACAUGGACGGGGAGUGGGGCGAGAUGCAGAACAUCACGACCACGCGGGAGCGCGUGGAGCUGCGGGGCCUGGAGAAGUUCACCAACUACAGCGUGCAGGUGCUGGCCUUCACGCAGGCGGGCGACGGCGUGCGCAGCGUUCUGCACAUCCAGACCAAGGAGGACGUUCCAGGUCCCCCCGCGGGCGUCAAAGCCGUACCUUCGUCUGCCAGCAGCGUGGUGGUGUCCUGGCUGCCCCCUGCCAAGCCCAACGUGAUCCGCAAGUACACCAUCUUCUGCUCCAGCCCCGGGUCUGGCCAGCCGGCCCCCAGCGAGUAUGAGACGAGUCCGGAGCAGCUCUUCUACCGGAUCGCCCAUCUGAACCGAGGCCAGCAGUACCUGCUGUGGGUGGCGGCCGUGACCUCCGCCGGCCGGGGCAACAGCAGUGAGAAGGUCGUCGUCGAGCCUGCUGGCAAGGCCCCAGCGAAGAUCAUCUCCUUUGGGGGCACCGUGACCACACCCUGGAUGAGGGACGUCCGGCUGCCCUGCAGUCCGGUGGGCGAUCCGGCCCCGGCUGUGAAAUGGACCAAGGACAGUGAGGACUCGGCCAUCCCCGCGUCCGUGGACGGGCACCGGCUCAUCCACGCCAACGGCACGCUGCUGCUGCGCGCGGUCAAGGCGGAGGACUCGGGCUACUACACCUGCACGGCCACCAACACCGGGGGCUUUGACACCAUCAUCGUCAACCUGCUCGUGCAAGUGCCCCCCGACCAGCCCCGCCUCACCGUCUCCAAAACCUCCGCCUCCUCCAUCACCCUGACCUGGAUUCCAGGGGACAAUGGGGGCAGCUCCAUCCGAGGCUUCGUGCUGCAGUACUCGGUGGACAACAGCGAGGAGUGGAAGGACGUGUUCAUCAGCUCGAGCGAGCGGGCCUUCAAGCUGGACAGUCUCAAGUGCGGCACGUGGUACAAGGUGAAGCUGGCGGCCAAGAACAGCGUGGGCUCCGGGCGCAUCAGCGAGAUCAUCGAGGCCAAGACCCACGGGCGGGAGCCCUCCUUCAGCAAAGACCAGCAUCUCUUCACCCACAUCAACUCCACGCACGCGCGGCUGAACCUGCAGGGCUGGAGCAACGGGGGCUGCCCCAUCACGGCCAUCGCACUGGAGUUCCGGCCCAAGGGCACCUGGGCCUGGCAGGGCCUCCGGGCCAACACCUCUGGGGAGGUAUUUCUGACCGAACUGCGAGAGGCCACGUGGUACGAGCUCCGCAUGAGGGCGUGCAACAGCGCUGGCUGCGGCAACGAGACGGCCCAGUUCGCCACCCUGGACUACGAUGGCAGCACCAUCCCUCCCAUCAAGUCUGCUCAAGGCGAGGGAGACGAUGUGAGGAAGCUGUUCACCAUCGGCUGCCCCGUCAUCCUGGCCACGCUGGGGCUGGCUCUGCUCUUCAUCGUACGGAAGAAGAGGAAGGAGAAACGGCUGAAGCGGCUGCGAGAUGCAAAGAGUUUGGCAGAGAUGUUGAUAAGCAAGAACAACCGAAGCUUUGACACCCCCGUGAAGGGGCCCCCCCAGGGCCCUCGGCUACACAUUGACAUCCCCAGGGUCCAGCUGCUAAUCGAGGACAAGGAGGGCAUCAAGCAGUUAGGAGAUGACAAGGCCACCAUCCCUGUGGCGGACGCUGAGUUCAGCCAAGCUGUCAACCCACAGAGUUUCUGUACCGGUGUCUCCUUGCACCACCCGGCCCUCAUCCAGAGCACCGGCCCCCUCAUCGACAUGUCUGAUAUCCGGCCAGGCACCAACCCCGUGUCCAGGAAGAAUGUGAAGUCAGCCCACAGUACCCGGAACCGGUACUCGAGCCAGUGGACUCUGACCAAGUGCCAGGCCUCCACACCUGCCCGCACGCUCACCUCCGACUGGCGCACGGCGGGCUCCCAGCACGGCGUCACCGUCACUGAGAGUGACAGCUACAGCGCAAGCCUCUCCCAGGACACAGACAAAGGACGGAACAGCAUGGUGUCCACGGAGAGCGCCUCUUCCACGUACGAGGAGCUGGCCCGGGCCUACGAGCACGCCAAGCUGGAGGAGCAGCUGCAGCACGCCAAGUUCGAGAUCACCGAGUGCUUCAUCUCAGACAGCUCCUCGGACCAGAUGACCACGGGCACCAACGAGAAUGCCGACAGCAUGACGUCCAUGAGCACACCCUCCGAGCCCGGCAUCUGCCGCUUCACCGCCUCCCCGCCCAAGCCCCAGGAUGCGGACCGGGGCAAGAACGUGGCGGUGCCCAUCCCUCACCGGGCCAACAAGAGUGACUACUGUAACCUGCCCCUGUACGGCAAGUCCGAGGCCUUCUUCCGAAAGGCAGAGGGGCGUGAGCCCUGUCCCGCGGUCCCGCCCCGAGAGGCCUCCAUCCGGAACCUGGCCCGAACCUACCACACCCAGGCUCGCCACCUGACUCUGGACCCCGCCAGCAAGCCCUUGGGCCUCCCCCACCCAGGGGCCCCCGCUGCCGCCUCCACGGCCACCUUACCUCAGAGGACUCUGGCCAUGCCAGCGCCCCCGGCUGGCACAGCGCCCCCGGCACCCGGCCCCACCCCCGCCGAGCCCCCCGCUGCCCCCAGUGCUGCCCCUCCAGCCCCCAGCACCGAGCCUCCCCGGGCCGGAGGCCCAAACACCAAAAUGGGGGGCUCCAGGGACUCGCUGCUCGAGAUGAGCACGUCGGGGGUAGGGAGGUCUCAGAAGCAGGGGGCAGGGGCCUACUCCAAGUCCUACACCCUGGUGUAG